UAAUGCUGUUAUGUUAAGUCAAUUAUCAACAUUCCAUCAUGCGAUACAACAAUUGCAACAUAAAUAAUUAAAAUAAAUUACUUCAAAUAGAUAUAAUGGACAAAAAUUUUUGCUAUGAAAUCAUAGGAAUCAAUACUUGAACCUUACCUUUUCGCAACAAGUACAAUUACAUAAAGAUGAAAGUUCAAUAAAAUGCCUACCAAAUGCUACAUAUCCUAAAUGUUGUGAUAUCGAGCAACUUCCAGAAUAUUAUACACCUUUUUUAUUAUUCUAAGUUUUUGCAUACUAUUGCUAGCACUUGAUACCACAAAAUACACAAAUAUCCAAUAAAGGUUAGAUU